AUGAAUAACACGCCUAUCACCUUUAGUGAACAUUUUAAGCUGCUUGGGAUAAUCAUGGACCAAAACCUCACAUUUGUCCAACAUAGCGAAUAUGCUAUUAAAAAAGCUCAGAACAUAUUUAAAAGGCUAUGUAUCUUUAUAAAACCCACAUGGGGAAUCCAAUCUGAGAACGUAAAGAUAAUUUACCGACAAGUAAUCGAGCCCAUAGUGACAUAUGCGGCAGAGAUCUGGCACACAGCCACUAACCUAAUAAAAGUACGAGACGCACUGUUAAGCCUUCAGCGGGGAUUUGCUAUUAAAAUCAUUCACGGUUUCCGGACCCUACCAACCAUUGGAUCAAUCGCACUUGCCGGCCUAACACCCCUGCCACUAAGAAUUAAAGAAAUUGCAUCAUCCGAACACACCAAGAGAACUAAAGUAACUAAAUACUUACCGGAGGACAUUCUGUAUGAUAAAAGGAUACCCGUUGAAGACUUGAUGCAUCCCGCCAAAAGACCUGAAAUCAAAAUAACUGAAGUGUUCACACAAGACGACCUUGACCCAUUUUACACCGCUGACAUGAACAGAGUUUUCACAGAUGGUAGCAAACACGAUGAGGCUGUCGGGGCUGCAGUAGUUAUUUACCAUCCAGAUGGCAGUGAAACCUCUAAGAAAUACAAACUACACAGCAGCUGCACCGUGUUCCAGGCCGAGUGCUUGGCUAUAGAGCAAGCUUGCCAGCUAUGUCUUUCCCUCGGUCUGGAGAAAUCUACUGUAUUCUCUGACUCAAAAUCGGCGCUAAAUGAGUUAAUGAAUAGGAGCAGUACAAAUGCAAUAAUAAGUAAUGUACAGAAAAUAGUUGCUAAUAUAAAUGAACAAGGUCACCAAAUUCACUUCUCAUGGAUUAAAGCUCAUCAAGGAUUACUAGGUAAUGAGGCUGCUGACGCCGCAGCCAAACAUGCGGCAACACUACAUAAACAACCUGACUUCUCCAAAUUCCCAUUAUCCUAUCAUUUAAAAAACCUUCGUAAAGACACUAUAGCAACACACGAACAAAUUUAUUUAUUCAACUGUGAAAAUCAUCGCCUGGACGAGCCCGACCCUCGGAGACCACUCCCGGAAUUUUCCGGUGAGGAUCCGAGGAGAAAAGGACAUAAAAACAACUCCCACGUGGUUGACUUUUCAGCCAAACCAACCCAGAGGCUGAAACUGAAAACAGCGUCACAAAGCAGAAGACCAGACAAACCCGGGGACGUAUCGGGCACAAAAAUAGGACAACAGGUACGUGCAGUGCAAGUGUCAUACAGCUGGGAAAAAACUAUAGACAUUUUCAAGGCUAAAUAG